AUGGUAAGUGAACAAGAAAUUUUAGAAUCAUACCCCCAGGUUUGUCCUAGUGGAUCAUUGUCUGGAACACCAGGCAAUCUUGAUUCAGAACAAGAAGCCAAGUUGAAGGAAUUUAGAGAAUUGUUAGAAUCAUUGGGAUAUAAGGAAAGACUUGAUGACUCGACGUUGUUGCGUUUCCUAAGGGCUCGUAAGUUCGAUCUAGAGGCUUCCAAGAUCAUGUACGAGAACUGUGAGAAAUGGAGAAAAGAGUUUGGUGUUGACACCAUCUUCGAAGAUUUCCAUUACGAAGAGAAACCGCUUGUCGCUAAAUACUACCCACAAUACUAUCACAAGACCGACAACGAUGGUCGUCCCGUUUACAUUGAAGAGCUUGGUUCUGUUAAUUUGACUCAGAUGUACAAGAUCACCACGCAAGAACGUAUGCUGAAGAACUUGGUCUGGGAAUACGAAGCUUUUGUUAGAUACAGAUUGCCUGCAUGUUCAAGAAAGGCUGGAUACCUUGUUGAAACUUCAUGUACCAUUCUAGACUUGAAAGGUAUUUCCAUUUCCAGUGCAGCACAAGUAUUGAGUUAUGUCAGGGAAGCUUCCAAUAUCGGUCAAAACUACUACCCUGAACGUAUGGGUAAAUUCUACUUGAUCAACGCACCAUUUGGGUUCUCCACUGCCUUCAGAUUAUUCAAACCAUUCUUGGAUCCAGUUACCGUGUCAAAGAUUUUUAUCUUGGGAUCGUCCUACCAAAAGGAUUUGCUAAAGCAAAUCCCUGCCGAAAACUUGCCAAAAAAAUUUGGUGGUCAAUCCGAGGUCUCAGAAGCAGAAGGCGGUCUAUAUCUAUCCGAUAUUGGUCCAUGGAGAGAGGAGGAAUACAUUGGACCUGAAGGUGAAGCUCCAAAGGCUUUUCAAUUGUAA